CAGCUACCAGCAUGAUCAACACCGAGGAGCACCUCCUGAGACAGGCGCAGCUCAUUCCAACCUUUCGGAUUACUGCAGGGACUUUACACUCUUUACAUCACUCAUCCUUUAUCCAGUGCAGAAAACAUGACCCUGAAUCGUAGUGACCGGAUCAAGAGCUUGGAGAAGAGACGAGGGAGCAUGCCAUUCGCUGUGCACCAGCAGCUUCACCGGAGGAGCAUGCCGGUAGAUGAUAAGGAGUUACAUGGAAGUUCUAAAGCCAGUGAACUAGCCAAGCUGGUGCGCUGCCCCUCUUACAACCCUACCGAUGAGCAACGGGAAAGCUGGAACUCUGAUUCCUCAGACUCUGUCAUCUCCUCUGGAAGCGACUCUGAAGAUCAGUUAUUCAAAGUGAUUCUUCUUGGAGAACAUGGGGUUGGCAAGUCCAGCUUGGCAAGAAUUUUUGGUGGUGUGGAGGAUCUCCAGGAUGUAGAGGAAGCAGGAAAUACAUAUGACAGAUCGAUUACGGUUGAUGGGGAAGAAGCCAGUCUUCUAGUCUUUGAUAUCUGGGAACAGGAUAACAACCACUGGCUACACAACCAGUGCAUGAAAAUGGGAGACGCUUAUGUCAUCGUGUACUCAGUGACAGAUAAAGUGAGUUUUGAGAAAGCAUCUGAACUCAGAAUCCAGCUUCGCAGAGCUCGGCAGUCCGAGGACAUCCCCAUUAUUCUAGUGGGAAAUAAGAGCGAUCUGGUGCGGUCACGAGAGGUGUCUGUAGAAGAGGGUCGAGCCUGUGCAGUGGUAUUUGAUUGUAAGUUUAUUGAGACCUCAGCCGCACUCCACCACAAUGUCAAGGACCUCUUCGAAGGCAUUGUACGCCAGAUCAGGCUUCGCAAAGACAGCAAAGAGGACAAUGCAAGGAGAAUGGCCAGCAGCAAGCGACGGGAGAGCAUAGGGAAAAAAGCCAAGAGAUUCCUGGGGAAGAUUGUAGCCAAAAAUAACAAGAAGAUGGCAUUCAAGCAGAAAUCCAAAUCUUGCCAUGACUUAUCCGUCCUCUGAAGAGCUGUAAAGAGGCACAGGACAUCUGGCGGAAAUACUUGACUUUUUAUUUUGAAAUGAAGAUGUAUAAAGAGACAGAUUAAAACCAAUCUAGAACUUAGCUUUUCAUUUCUAAUUUAUGCCUUAAUAUGCUGGACUGGAACAUUGCAUUAGGACAUUUUGUGUAAGGAUUUAUCGGCUGUCAGCAAAUUUGUGCCUCUUCCUGACAUGCUCUGUGUCCCAUCGAAACUGGUUACUUUGGCAUUCAAGAGAGAAAACUAUUAUCUACUUUGUGUUAAAACUUGAAUUUUUGUACGCAGGCUCGUACACCCCGCUCGUAUUUUUACCUUGCAGGUUUAUGUUCAUGCAAUCACCUUGGCACAGACACCUCUGUAAAGAAGGUGUGUAGACUACAACAAUUUUUGAACUGUGUUGCACUUCAAAGAAUUGGUAUGAAUUUGAAUUUAUUAUUUGUUUACAUGAACUAUUUUAUAAUAAACAAUUGA